ACUAUACAUAGAAAUUCCAAACAAACGUCCAAAAAUACCCUGACUCUCACAGAAAAACAAUAACUACUCUAUGCAUUUUUCAGUACAGAGAUUUCAUUCUUACCCUUUUUCUCCACUCUUCUCUGUCUUUCUUCUUCCUUUUUUUUUUUUUUUUUUUUUUAUUGCACAAAUUUCAAGCUUCAAUUUUUUCUCGAAAUUCCUUUUUUUAGUUUUUUGGGUAAUAAUUCCUCGAUUAGGAGAAUUGGGCAAUCGACAAAUCUUUGAAAUUUAAUCUCUUGAGCUAAGUGCUUGCCUCCUAAUAAACAUCAUCUUUGACUUUUGUUCUCAAAUUCCAUUUUUUGGGCCUAAAAAGUAAAGAAAUUAUCCUUAAAAUCAGGUUUGUAGUUCUUGUGUUGCAUAAUGGACUCCCCACAAUCUGUUGUGUCACCUUUUAAGAAUCUGACUGUUAGUGGUGCUGAGCCAGAGAAACAGAGAUCAGAAGUCUUAUCCCGUGGCUCUUCCACUCACAUAGCUAACGGAACAGACAAGAACGAGGUGAAUGGGAAUGCUCAUAAUCCAGAAGACUACAUCGGUACCCUUGAUGUGUACGUACAUCAGGCAAGGGACAUUCAGAACAUUUGUAUAUACCACAAGCAAGAUGUUUAUGCUAAGCUUUGCCUGACCAGUGAUCCUGAAACUACUGUAUCCACACAAACCAUCAAUGGUGGUGGAAGAAACCCGGUCUUUAAUCAAAGCCUCCAGCUGAAUGUUAGGACGGCAGAGUCCUCUUUAAAAUGUGAGAUUUGGAUGCUUAGCCGUGUCAGAAAUUACCUUGAAGACCAGCUGCUCGGGUUUGCUCUUGUGCCACUGUCAGAAAUCCUGGUCAAGAAUGGGAAUUUAGAAAAAGAAUUUACUCUCUCAUCAACUGAUCUCUUCCAUUCUCCAUCCGGGUUUGUUCAAUUGUCUCUCUCAUACUCUGGAGCUUCCCCUGAAGUCAUAGAAAUCCCUAAACUGUCCAUGGAUGCUGAAAAUGCGGUGCAGGAUUCAGAAGCUGUCAAGUCUGUUCCCAGCGAGUUUGACAAGUUUGAGUUCCCUGACCCAAACAUUGUGAAUGAAAAUCAAAUGAUGGUAUCCGAGUACUUUGGGAUGAGCUUGGAGUCUCAGACUACUGAGAGUUUGGUUUCGUCAGACAAUGAGAGUCACGAGCUUGGUGUUCGUAUCGUGGAGAGCUUCUCGGCCAAUAGUGAGGACUCUAAGCCAAUUCUUAAUGCUGAUUCCCCUCCUAGCAGUGUUUCAACCAAUGGUUCCCCAUCUGUUUGUCUCCCUACAAGCUCUCAAUGUUCUGAGGCUCCUGUCACUUCAAAGUCUCCAAGCCAAGAGCAUGUUUCCCCUCUAAAAGACAACAAGAAUGCUGAGGGACACGGUGAGAGCAAUUCUGCCAAUGUUAGUAAACCAUCAAAAGAUACAACUGUAACCCCACUUGUUACUGUGAAUGUCGAGCCUGAAGAGAAGAUGGUGCAACAGGAAUUCGUGAAUAUGUACAUGAAGAGCAUGCAGCAGUUCACCGAGUCCCUGGCCAAAAUGAAGCUUCCAAUGGAUCUGGCCGAGCCUGAACCAACCAAAUCAGGGGAUUCUAGCUCAGACCAGAAGUUGGAAACCCCGAAGAGUGCUGGAUCACGGGUCUUCUACGGGAGUAGGGCUUUCUUCUAAGCUUUUUAUGGUCACAGGUGGAAAGCUAAAACAGGUGACUUUUAGAUUUUAGAAUCAAAACCCAAUAUUUAGUGAUUACUAAUGUAUGUUGUUGUGAUGUAAUUUGUGCUUUUAGUGUUUUACCUUUGUAUGUUAAGAAUUUCUUAGAUGUUGAUGGGAGAUUGAGAUAUCGAGCAAUGCUGUACUGGGUGCAAACUUUGUUCUGUUAAAUUUCCUGUCAUGAUAAAUGAACAAGUUUGUUCUGUUUACAUAUCUCA